CUCCGCUGGAUCUGCACCCGCACAGCUGGAAACGUGCGAGGACGCGCUGGCAAGCGCUCCAGCUGCGACCAGAUGACUGAUUCCAGCUGCGCAGCGGCACAUCAGCACAUCAGCACGCAACCGCAACUUGCUCUCGGAGCGCCUCCUACUUGAGCGCUCUUUUUUUCCUUUUUUUUUUUUUUAAAUACUAGAAAUCUUUCGUAUGGCCCCAGUCAGAGAAGCUGCAUCAACUUCGAGGAAAGAUCAGAGUGAACCCCCUCCCCUGGUGAUGAUGUGUCGUGGAUUCUGAUCGUCUGAUCAAGAACAGACGCCGAGUUGCUGCCGAUGAUGUAAGACUUUUCAUUUCUGCACAACUGUUGUAACUGCAGCCUCCCCGAACAUGGGACUCUUCAAACUCUAAAGUGAGUGUCGUAGGAGUCGAACUGCAUAUAGUGAAACGAAGGACGAACGAAGACGAAAGGAAGGAUGGAAUCCAUAUUAUCCGAGCAGUCGGCCACGGUGGACGAGCUGGUGGAAGCAUGCAUCCAUGCCUUCGAAGAUAAAGGCACCUUAAAGGAUGUUUCCUUGGUUCGAAUGGUCCUCAUGAUGCACCCUUGGUAUAUCCCUUCAAGUGACAUGGCUAAAAAGCUUGUGCUGAAAUCUCAAGAGGACAGCUGUACUCCAGAGUGCCGAACAAGAAUAUGCCACCUCAUCAAGUACUGGAUUUCGGAGUUUCCCGCAGAGUUCAAUCUCAACCCGGAGCUGGCAGACCAGAUCAAAGACUAUAAAGACCUGCUGACCACCAAAGGCAAUGAGAGCCAGAGUCAGCUCAUUGAUCUGGACAGUGUGCCAUCAUAUAAAUGGAAACGACAGGUCACUCAGCGUGUCCCAUCUGUGUCCAAAAAGAGGAAAAUGUCCCUGCUGUUUGACCACCUCGAUUCCUGUGAACUGGCUGAACACCUGACAUACUUGGAGUACAAAUCCUUCUGCAAGAUCCUGUUUCAGGACUAUCACAGCUUUGUGAUGCAUGGCUGCACAGUGGAUAACCCCAUCCUGGAGCGUUUCAUCACGCUCUUUAACAGCGUUUCCCAGUGGAUCCAGCUUAUGGUGCUCAGCAAGCCUACCGCCCCGCAGAGAGCCGCUGUCAUAUCCCAUUUCAUCAGAGUGGCACAGAAGCUGCUGCAGUUGCAGAACUUCAACACCCUGAUGGCGGUGGUGGGCGGCCUCAGCAACAGCUCCAUCUCUCGCCUCAAAGACACGCAGGCUCACGUCAGCGCGGAGACCAACAAGGUUUUUAACAACCUAAUUGAACUGGUGACAUCGUGCGGGAACUACAGCCAGUACCGCAAGCGCUUCUCCGAGUGCUCGGGCUUCAGAUUCCCCAUCCUCGGCGUGCAUCUCAAAGACCUGAUAGCUGUGCACGUGGCACUGCUGGACUGGGCGGACAAGGAGAAGACUCGGGUCAACCUGGCGAAAACCCAGCAGCUGUACGCCAUCCUUCAGGAGCUGGCCCUCAUCCAGAACACGCCGCCCCAAAUAGAUGCCAACACGGACCUGCUCAACCUGCUCACGGUCUCUCUGGAUCAGUACCACACAGAGGAGGAGAUCUACCAGAUGUCCCUUCAGAGGGAGCCCCGCAAGCCAGCGCAGAACUCCACUCCCGUCCCUGCACCCGAACCCAAGCCCAACAUGAUUGAUGAGUGGUCUGUAUCGGUGAAGCCCAACGCCGACCCGACCAUCAUCAAGAACCACAUAGAGAAGAUGGUGGAGUCAGUCUUUAAGAAUUUCGACACAGACGGUGACGGAAACAUCUCCAGGGAUGAAUUCGAGGCGAUCAGGAACAACUUCCCUUACCUCAGCAAGUUCGGAGAACUGGACAAGAACCAAGACGGGAAGAUCAGCAGAGAGGAGAUGGUCGACUACUUCAUGAAGGCCAGCUCUUUGUUAAACUGCAAGAUGGGCUUCAUCCACACUUUCACCGAGGCCACCUACGUCAAGCCCACAUUCUGCGAGCACUGUGCUGGCUUUAUUUGGGGCUUCUACAAGCAGGGCUACAAGUGUAAAGCCUGCGGGGUCAACUGCCACAAGGCCUGCCGGAGCCGCCUGGCCGUCGAGUGCAGGAAGAGGACGAAGAGCAUCAGCCACGAGCCGCCGCCGGCCCUGCAGGCCCGGUCCUACAGCUUCCCCCCGCCAGCCAACACUCCUCCCAGCCUUCAGGACACAGUGAUUGCUGAAGAGGACCUAGAGACGGUGGAGGAAGGGGUGUUUGAUGUGCAUCUAUAACCAGGAGCCUUCAACCGGAGGGAGCUUUUGAUGACCGGGCCAAUGACAGUCCUCAGACCUCUAUUUUAGACCCCCCCCCCUCCUCCUACCCUGCAAGCAACAGACAGAGAAUGUGCCACUAUAUGUAAGUUGUUCUGCUCAUCCCAGGAGGAGGAACUGAGCACCGGGCCAGGACACGUAAACACUGCCCCCCAGUGGAGCCCCCCUGCAACUGCAGGCCCGUCCGUCCCCCGCGUCACGGUUCAGCGUCAGCCAAGCGCAUGUCUGCAAAAUCUCCUUGUUUGAUGAAGAAAAUGAAUAAAUAAAUCCAGAAAAAUUGUAUUUCCACGCUGGAUUUGUCACAGUCAGUAUAGUUUUCUUGCAGACCGCAAUGGCUGUCUGCUUUACUUCAAAACUUUAAAAAAGAGGUGCUGUUAUUAUUAUUGCCAAGAAUGUCAAGCCUAAGACUAAGCUGUCCUCUCCUCUAUCUGACAUGUGCGGGUGUUUUCUUUUUGUUUCUCAAAUGCAUUUCAGUGGACCGUUAAUAACGAGCAUUUUUGAUGUCAAAUGAAAGUGUUGAUUCGUGGUGACAACAGCAAUUAUCUAGCAGACAGAUGCAACAGCUCUAGUAACCGUGUAGGCCUAUAAUUAGACGGAGCGCUGUUAUAUUGUUGUCAUGUUUACCUUGGUAUCAGUAGCAUGUCCUAUAGUGUUGUUUUGGCUCUCCGACGCCGAUCUGCUGCUGUCACAUGAACAACCAUCCUCCCUAAUGAAUAUGUGGACAGGCAGACAGUAGAGGACCGCUUUACUCCUCUUUUUCCUUUUAAACGAGCUCAUACUUUUGUUUGAGUGAGGUAAUCGAGAGAAGGAAGGUAAACCCAGAGGAGCAUAAUGAGGUUUUUCAUUUGACAACAGCUUAUAAGACCAUUUUUUCCUGAGAAUCUGUUUUUAAAUGCAAGUUGUGUUUUUAUGUCGUUUUUUUUAACUGUGUCUCUCUUGCAUGCAUCCUCCAGACGUCUGUGUUGGCAGAGGUUUGAUAUUUUGUAAUGUCGCAUGCCAGAGUUGUCAUUUAUAUCGGAACCAUUACAGUGGACAUCUCUGUGCGUCUUGGCAUGAUGGAGACUCAGACAUGUCCGUAAUUGCUGGUGCGCGUUGACUGAGGUGUAUAUUUCUGCUGUAUUGAUGGCUGAAGAGGUGCCAGUCCUCCCCUGUGUUUCCUUGCCUGGUGAAAUGUGUUUCUCGUUUUUCACAUGGAUGCCAUGCUGUUUGUUGUGGUUUCUAAAGGAUUCCUCAGUAUUAAAUGCAGCAGGAAACUUUCAAAUAUGUGUUGCUGUGAAGAAAAUCUCCAAUUAAAAAGGAAAAAAAAAACAUGAGUUUGUGUUUUUUCUUUUUGAGGUGGAAAUUCAGGUAAUGGUCUUAAGAGCCCAGGAGAUUUUUGUUUUCCUGUUUUAUUUUAUUUUUUUGAC